AUGCUGGACCCGUCGUCCAGCGAGGAGGAGUCGGAGGAGCUGGUGGAGGAGGAGAGCGGGAAGGAGGCGCUGGCGCCCGCGGCCGCGCGGCUCUCGCCCAGCCGCCCCGGCGAGGGCCCCGGCCCCGGCCCGGGCCCCGGCGGCGGCGGCGGCGGCGGCGGCGGCGGGCUGCAGCCGGGCGGGCGCGGCGGCGGCGCGGCGCGGCCCGCCAGCCCCAGCCCCUCGGUGGCCAGCGAGAAGGAGAAGGACGAGCUGGAGCGGCUGCAGCGCGAGGAGGAGGAGAGGAAGAGGAAGCUGCAGCUCUACGUCUUCGUCAUGCGCUGCAUCGCCUACCCCUUCAACGCCAAGCAGCCCACCGACAUGGCCCGCCGGCAGCAGAAGAUAAGUAAACAGCAGCUGCAGACAAUCAAAGAUCGAUUCCAGGCCUUUCUCAAUGGAGAAACCCAGAUUGUGGCAGAUGAAGCAUUUAUAAACGCUGUCCAGAGCUACUAUGAGGUAUUUCUAAAAAGUGACCGCGUGGCUAGGAUGGUGCAGAGCGGAGGAUGCUCAGCAAAUGACUCUCGGGAGGUCUUCAAGAAGCACAUUGAAAAGAGAGUGCGCAGCCUACCAGAGAUUGAUGGCCUCAGCAAGGAGACAGUCCUGAGCUCUUGGAUGGCAAAGUUUGAUGCUAUUUACCGUGGUGAAGAGGAUCCCCGCAAGCAGCAAGCCAGGAUGACGGCAAGUGCAGCCUCGGAGCUCAUCCUCAGCAAGGAGCAGCUCUACGAGAUGUUCCAGAACAUUUUGGGGAUCAAGAAGUUUGAGCAUCAGCUUCUGUACAACGCUUGUCAGCUGGACAACCCAGAUGAGCAAGCAGCGCAGAUCAGACGGGAGUUAGAUGGGCGUCUUCAAAUGGCAGAGCAAAUUGCCAAGGAACGUAAGUUUCCAAAAUUUGUGUCCAAAGAAAUGGAAAACAUGUACAUCGAGGAGCUGAAGUCAUCUGUCAAUCUCCUGAUGGCAAACUUAGAGAGCAUGCCUGUAUCUAAAGGAGGCUCUGAGUUCAAGCUACAGAAGCUGAAGCGGAGUCACAACACCUCAAUCAUCGACAUGGGAGAAGAAAAUGAGAACCAGCUUUCCAAAUCAGACGUUGUGUUGUCAUUCUCCCUGGAGGUCGUCAUCAUGGAAGUGCAGGGUUUAAAAUCGCUGGCCCCUAACCGUAUUGUUUAUUGCACCAUGGAGGUGGAAGGUGGAGAGAAGCUGCAGACCGACCAGGCUGAAGCCUCAAAGCCAACCUGGGGCACCCAAGGAGACUUCACAACGACACACGCGCUUCCAGCAGUGAAGGUGAAGCUGUUCACGGAGAGCACAGGAGUGCUGGCUCUGGAGGACAAAGAGCUUGGGAGGGUUGUUCUCCACCCUACUCCAAAUAGCCCAAAGCAGUCAGAGUGGCACAAAAUGACUGUUUCCAAAAACUGCCCAGAUCAAGAUCUGAAGAUCAAGCUUGCAGUGCGAAUGGAUAAACCUCAAAACAUGAAGCACUCUGGAUAUUUAUGGGCCAUUGGUAAAAAUGUUUGGAAGAGAUGGAAGAAACGUUUCUUUGUCCUGGUCCAGGUUAGUCAAUAUACAUUUGCUAUGUGCAGCUACCGGGAGAAAAAAGCUGAACCUCAAGAGCUGCUGCAGCUUGACGGAUACACUGUGGACUACACCGACCCACAGCCAGGUUUGGAGGGCGGCAGAGCAUUCUUCAACGCAGUGAAGGAAGGAGACACGGUGAUUUUUGCAAGUGACGACGAGCAGGACCGUAUCCUGUGGGUCCAAGCCAUGUACCGAGCCACCGGCCAGUCUCAUAAACCUGUGCCGCCUACCCAAGUGCAAAAGCUAAAUGCUAAAGGAGGAAAUGUGCCCCAGCUAGAUGCCCCAAUCUCUCAAUUUUAUGCAGAUAGAGCUCAAAAGCAUGGCAUGGAUGAAUUUAUCUCUUCCAAUCCCUGUAACUUUGACCACGCUUCACUCUUUGAGAUGGUUCAGCGCCUCACUUUGGACCACAGACUUAAUGAUUCCUAUUCUUGUCUGGGCUGGUUUAGUCCUGGCCAGGUCUUUGUGCUAGAUGAGUAUUGUGCACGUAAUGGAGUGAGAGGCUGUCACAGACAUCUCUGCUACCUCAGAGAUUUGCUAGAGCGCGCAGAAAAUGGAGCUAUGAUUGACCCCACCUUACUUCACUACAGCUUUGCCUUUUGUGCAUCACAUGUUCAUGGCAACAGGCCCGACGGGAUAGGAACGGUGACCGUGGACGAGAAAGAGCGCUUCGAGGAGAUCAAGGAGCGGCUUCGUUUGCUGCUGGAGAAUCAGAUCACGCAUUUUAGGUACUGCUUCCCAUUCGGCCGUCCAGAAGGUGCACUAAAAGCUACUCUGUCGCUACUGGAAAGGGUCCUGAUGAAAGACAUAGUUACUCCAGUCCCUCAAGAGGAAGUAAAAACAGUCAUCCGUAAAUGCUUGGAGCAAGCAGCUCUAGUCAAUUAUACUCGACUAUCAGAGUAUGCCAAAAUUGAAGAGAAUCAAAAGGAUGCAGAAAAUGUAGGCCGGUUAGUCACACCAGCUAAAAAGUUAGAAGAUACAAUACGCCUGGCAGAGCUGGUAAUUGAAGUGCUACAGCAAAAUGAAGAACACCAUGCAGAGGGGAAAGAGGCCUUUGCUUGGUGGUCAGACUUAAUGGUGGAACACGCGGAGACCUUCCUGUCACUGUUUGCAGUGGAUAUGGAUGCUGCAUUAGAGGUGCAACCCCCAGACACAUGGGACAGCUUCCCGCUCUUUCAACUUCUAAACGAUUUCCUCCGUAGCGACUAUAAUUUGUGCAAUGGAAAAUUCCACAAACACCUUCAAGACCUGUUUGCUCCACUUGUUGUUAGAUAUGUCGAUCUGAUGGAGUCCUCAAUUGCACAAUCAAUUCACAGGGGCUUUGAGCGGGAAUCAUGGGAGCCAGUAAAGAGUUUAACAAGUAAUCUGCCCAAUGUGAAUCUACCAAAUGUGAAUCUCCCUAAAGUACCAAAUCUACCAGUUAACAUCCCGCUAGGCAUCCCACAAAUGCCUAGCUUUUCUGCACCGUCAUGGAUGGCUGCUAUUUAUGAUUCUGACAACGGAUCAGGCACUUCGGAAGAUCUUUUCUGGAAACUCGAUGCCCUGCAGACCUUCAUUCGAGAUUUGCACUGGCCUGAGGAGGAGUUUGGAAAACACUUAGAGCAACGCUUGAAGCUUAUGGCAAGUGACAUGAUCGAGUCCUGCGUGAAGAGAACCAGGAUUGCAUUCGAAGUAAAGCUGCAAAAAACGAGCCGAUCAACAGAUUUCCGGGUCCCUCAAUCAAUAUGCACCAUGUUUAAUGUCAUGGUGGAUGCGAAAGCUCAGUCAACAAAGCUUUGCAGUAUGGAAAUGGGCCAAGAGCACCAGUACCAUUCAAAAAUAGAUGAACUAAUUGAGGAAACUGUCAAAGAAAUGAUAACACUCCUGGUGGCAAAGUUUGUCACCAUUUUGGAAGGCGUCUUGGCCAAGCUGUCUAGAUACGAUGAAGGGACUUUGUUUUCUUCUUUCCUGUCAUUUACUGUGAAGGCUGCUUCCAAAUACGUGGACGUACCUAAGCCGGGCAUGGAUGUCGCUGAUGCCUAUGUGACAUUUGUCCGCCACUCUCAGGAUGUCCUACGUGAUAAGGUCAAUGAGGAGAUGUAUAUAGAAAGGUUAUUUGAUCAAUGGUACACCAGCUCGAUGAAUGUUGUCUGCACCUGGCUGACAGACCGCAUGGACCUGCAGCUCCACAUUUACCAACUGAAAACUCUCAUUAGGAUAGUAAAGAAAACGUACCGGGAUUUCCGAUUGCAAGGAGUGCUGGACUCCACCCUAAACAGCAAAACCUACGAGACCAUUCGGAACCGGCUGACGGUAGAGGAAGCCACAGCGUCGGUCAGCGAAGGCGGGGGCCUCCAAGGCAUCACGAUGAAGGACAGCGAUGAGGAAGACGAAGACGACGACUAGGAGAAGGUGGCCUGGAGGUCCAGCUGGGGCAGCCUGGCAUCCGUGCAUGUACCUCGUCUGUUACUCAGUUAGCCACAUUAGGAAUUUUUAUGUCAGCUCUAAAUGCCCAUGAGAAGUUUACCAAUACAAAUGCCAUUUUAGCUGUGUGGUAAUAAGAUUAGCACCUCUCUUUGAUUCAUUGGUUUCCUAAUUUCAUGUCUUUAUGUUCAUAAGCAAUAUGGAGCACCAUUGUUUAAUACUGUUAAUGGAAAACUACAUAGAAAACAUGCUAGGUGUGUCCCUGUUAUAAUUAAAGUUUAAACAAUGCUUCAUUAAUGUACUGUAUAUACAUUGAUGGUAAAUUGUUGUGAAGAUGAGUGAACCAAGUCCUUUCAUUUCUUUGUUUCUCUUCUGUGGAUGCCAACUGCUUAAAAUUAAUAAAAAAACAGCUUUGUUUUUAAAAGAAGAAC